GCUCUGCGCAGGCGCCACCCGCCCCUCCCGCGUCCCUAAAAGGCUCAAGGUCAUGGGCUGAGGCCCCAGACUCCACCGCCGGCCCACCUCUCACGAGCUCGGCUGACGCCUCCGCCUCCUCCAGACGCUCCCCGAGUUCCGUGAGGGGCGGGCCGGAGAGAAGGGCCGGCCCUGACAGGAGAGAGCGUGUUUACCCGUCACCUCAGCGCCAGUGGGCUGGCUGCAGCCCCGCCCCUCUCCCCUCCUUAAAGGUGCCUGUGGCUCCCCUCCUCCCUCAGAGGAGCGGCCUCACGGUUGGUGUCCUCAGGGGCUGGCUUGACAGGGUGAUUCCGCGCUAGCCUGCUGUCCGCUGUGGUGGGAGAUGUCGGAAAGUAACCUGGCGGCGCGCAGUGACGGACUCGAGGGGCAGGUGUCCGGCGCGCAAGUCAUCGCCCAGGCCCUGAAAACCCAGGACGUGAAUUACAUGUUCGGCAUCGUAGGCAUCCCGGUGACUGAAAUCGCCCUUGCUGCGCAGGAGGUGGGCAUCAGAUACAUCGGGAUGAGGAAUGAGCAGGCAGCUUGCUACGCUGCCUCUGCAGUUGGAUAUCUGACAGGCAGGCCAGGAGUUUGCCUUGUUGUUUCUGGCCCCGGUCUCAUCCAUAGUUUGGGCGGUAUGGCAAAUGCAAACAUGAACUGUUGGCCCUUGAUUGUGAUUGGUGGUUCCUCUGAAAGAAGUCAGCAAACAAUGGGAGCCUUCCAGGAAUUUCCUCAGGUUGAAGCUUGUAGAUUAUAUAGCAAGUUCUCAGCCCAGCCAAGUAGCAUAAAAGCUAUUCCGUCUAUUAUCGAAAAGGCAGUGAGAAGCAGUCUUUAUGGUCGUCCAGGUGCUUGCUAUGUCGACAUACCUGCAGAUUUUGUGAACCUCCAGGUGAAUGUGAGUUCUGUAAAGUAUGUGGAGUGCUGUAUGCCACCUCCUAUUAGCAUGGCAGAAACCUCUGCUGUAUCCAUGGCAGCGUCUGUUAUUAGGGAUGCCAAGCAGCCCCUUGUCAUCAUUGGGAAAGGUGCCGCUUAUGCCCAUGCAGAGGAGAGUAUCAGGAAGUUGGUGGAGCAGUGUAAAUUGCCGUUUCUGCCCACCCCCAUGGGAAAGGGUGUGAUCCGUGACAACCAUCCAAACUGCGUAGCUGCUGCCAGAUCCAGGGCCUUGCAAUUUGCUGAUGUAAUUGUGUUACUUGGUGCCAGAUUAAAUUGGAUUUUGCAUUUUGGACUGCCUCCAAGGUAUCAGCCAGAUGUGAAGUUUAUCCAGGUUGAUAUCUGUGCAGAAGAAUUGGGGAAUAAUGUAAGGCCUGCUGUGACCUUGCUUGGAGACAUAAAUGUUGUCACUAAACAGCUUUUAGAAGAAUUUGAUAAAACACCAUGGCAGUAUCCUCCUGAGAGCAAGUGGUGGAAAGUUCUGAGAGAAAAAAUGAAGAGCAAUGAAGCUUUAUUCAAGGAAUUAGCUUCCAAAACAUCUCUGCCUAUGAACUAUUACACAGUAUUCCACCAUGUUCAAGAACAACUACCCAGAGACUGUUUUGUGGUGAGUGAAGGCUCAAAUACUAUGGAUAUUGGACGCACUGUGCUUCAAAACUACCUUCCUCGCCAUAGACUUGAUGCUGGUACUUUUGGAACAAUGGGAGUCGGUUUGGGAUUUGCCAUUGCAGCUGCUAUAGUGGCUAAAGAUAGAAACCCAGGGCAGCGGGUCAUCUGUGUGGAAGGAGACAGUGCAUUUGGAUUUUCUGGCAUGGAAGUAGAAACCAUCUGCAGGUACAGCUUGCCAAUUGUAGUUUUGGUGGUGAAUAAUAAUGGAAUUUAUCAAGGUUUUGAUACAGAUAGUUGGAAGGAAAUGUUAAAAUUUGGAGAUGCUACUACAGUGGCCCCUCCAAUGUGUCUUCUGCCCCACUCACAGUAUGAGCAUGUCAUGACUGCAUUUGGAGGCAAAGGGUAUUUUGUACAAACACCAGAAGAACUCCAGAAAUCCCUGAGGCAGAGCCUGGCAGACACAACUAAUCCCUCCCUCAUCAACAUCAUGAUUGAGCCACAAGCCACUCGGAAAGCCCAGGAGNUUCACUGGCUGACCAAGUCUAAUCUGUAAAUAAAGAUGCCAAUGAGUGACUUGAAGAGUCACUCUUUCCUAUAAGAUGGAACUUUAUUUUUCACAACAAAAUUACUCUAAUGUUAAAAUUGUCAUGUAAAAAUUAAAUAAAACAUUUCUAAAUGACAUUCUAUAGUGCAGGAAUUGAUUAAAAAUAUAAAAAGUUAGCAGUAUAUCCUACCACAGAAAUAACCAUUUACAGAUGGAAGAAGGGGUUAAUUACAUUGUAUUGUGACUGCCUAACUGUUGAAUUACACAUAAAUAUUCUUUUAAAUAAAUCCAUUCUUAGUGUCACAUAUCUUUUAGAAACCUCUUCAGACAAAAAAAGCUUCAAGAACUGUAUACCGAGAGGCAUGUUCAGUGAGUUAGAGUACCUGGACUAGUUCUGCCUUGUGGUUUGUCCACUGAGCAUUUUGUACCUUAGUCUGCCCAGGGUUUGAUGGGCCUUGUUCUACAUUAAAGUUGAAUGUGUGUUUUAUUUUUCUGUAAAGAACUUAUUAAACCAAAGGAGAAGUCACAUCACACCCAAACUAAUAACUUCAGGGUGUGUUUGGAUGAUCAGCCUUAGUGUAUGUGUACCACAUUGAGAGCAGCUAUCAACAGCCUUAAUAUAUAAAAAACUCUAGUAGAUAAGAAAACUGUUAAUGGACUAGUCAAAAAGUGGGCAAAGGGCAUGAAUGUAUA